AUGCGUUACUCGUGGUUGAUCGGCGCUGUCUGCGCUGCAGGUGCUUUGGCCAAGCCUGUCGACAAACGGUCUUACGUGACUGAAUGGACUAUCGUCACCGUCACCAAGACCAUCUAUCUCCCUUACCAGCCUGCCCCAACCUCAACCUCAACCUCAACUCCGGCCUGCUCCCCCAUCCAGAAGGUCCAGACAGUCGCUAGCGACGCCUCUGCUCCUGCCCCUGUUCUCCUGGAGACUGAGGCUUCAUCCGCUGCCCCUAUCCCUACCCCUUCUUCCGCUCCUAUUGUGGACGAAUUGCCUGGGGCUCCUGCCUGGUCCUCGGCUUGGACCUCAUCGGCUCCUGAGGCUGCGCAACCCACCACCCUUGAUACUUCGACCUCUACCACUGCCCCUGCUGCUAGUGCCACCAAUGCUUAUCAGUCUGCCGUCCUGUACAACCACAACAUCCACCGUAGCAACCACUCGGCCAACUCCCUGACCUGGAACACCACCCUCGAGUCCAGCGCCUAUAAGCUUGCCGCCGAAUGUGUCUUCCACCACGACACUGACAUUGACGGUGGUGGCUAUGGUCAGAACAUCGGAAUCGGUGUUUCGGCUGAUGAGGUUGGGAAGAUGAUCACCAAUGAGAUGUACAACGGUGAGUUCCACGAUUUCGAUGGUCUUUACGGUAUGGACAACCCUCCAAACUUCGACAAGUGGGGCCAUUUCUCCCAGAUCGUGUGGAACAGUACGGUCUCCGUCGGCUGUGCUACUGUCUUUUGCAAUGUCCUCCUCGACGAGGACAAAAAAACAACCCUUUCGCCAGCGCCCUUCAUGGUCUGCAACUACUACCCUCCUGGCAACUAUGAGGGCGAAUAUGGUAAACACGUCAGCCAGCCGCUUGGACACCCCUCCUACUGGGCGUAA